UUGUUUUACAAUUUGCGAUGCUCAUCAGAGGUCAAUGGAAGAAGAAAAAAAAGAACAUGUUGAGAAGGCAGGGGAUUUACUGAAAUGGGUGUCAAACCUCAGCAAGACACUCAGCAAAGAAGGAGGAGAAAAGGCUGAAAAGACAGAUUUGCCUAAGCAGCAGAUUUCCCUUGAAGAAAUGUCAGCUAAGAAAGAACAAAUAGCUGAAGCUCUGCAGACUACUCAGGCAUUUUUAGCUAAACACAGUGACAAAAUGACAGAUGAAGAGAAAGGUGAAAUGGAAAAACAAGUCAAAUCCCUCCAGGAGAGCUACAGUUUGUUAGCCAAUGAAGCAUUGAAGCAGCUGCAGGAAGCACACUAUUUGGAUGAUGAAAAGAUGGAAGAAAAGGUGCAUAAAGUCAUUGCUGGUAUCAUUGACCAAACGACUGGAGAAGUCCAUUCCAUUUUUCAGUCUAUUCUAAAAGGUUUUAUUGACUAUGACACUGGAGUUAGGUUGCUCGAGAAUCAGCUGAUCCUUACUGGAAUAAUUUCUCCAGAAUUAGGAAAAUGUUAUGAUUUGGAAGAAGCUAAAGCUUGUGCCCUAAUUGAUGACCAGACUCUAUUGCAGUUGCAGGAAUUAAAUAAUGCAAAGAAGCUUAUUUCAGAGUCAACAUUAUCAAAUCUUCCAGUUGUAUCAGCUUUAGAACAAGGUCUAAUUUCAGAACCCUUGGCUAUUAAAAUUCUUGAGAAUCAGCUUUCAAGUGGGCACUUGAUUUUGCCAUCUACUGGAGAGCAUCUGACUUUGCAGAAUGCUUUCCAGAGAAACCUGAUUUCUCCAACAUUAUAUGCAAAACUUCUGGAAAGGCAGGACACUUGUAAAGAUCUCAUAGACCCUAACUGUGCUGAAAAGAUUUCCCUUGAACAGAUGCUUCAUAGAAGCAUAAUACAUAAUGAAACAGGGUUAAGACUCCUACCAGUGAAACCACAAGAAAAAGGUAGAAUCAUACUCAAAUGUGGAAGGAAAAUAACUAUUUUGAGGGCAGCCCAUGAAGGACUCAUUGACAGGGAAACAAUGUUUAGGCUGCUGGGGGCUCAGAUAAUAUCUGGAGGUAUAAUUGACCCUGAGUCAGGGAAACAAAUGACUGUGGAAGAGGCCGUGAGUCAAGGGAUUAUAGGUCAGGACACUGCUUGUGGAAUCUUCACACAUCAGGUUCAAACUGGUGGAAUCCUUUGUCCAAAUUCUGGGCAACGCUUGACUGUUGAUGAAGCUAUACAGUGCAAUUUAAUAUCAUCUACCAGUGCACUCCUGGUGUUAGAAGCACAGAGAGGCUUUGUUGGACUAAUAUGGCCUGACACAGGUGAAAUAUUCCCCAUAUCAACAUCUUUGCACCAAGAAAUGAUAACAAGUGAGCUGGCAUUCAAAAUACUAAGUGAUAGGCAGAAAAUAGCUGCACUUUACAUUCCAGAAACUUGUGAAGUACUCAGUCUAGACAAGGCUGCACAAUCAGGGUUAAUAGACAUCAAUAGCAUAUCUAUUCUGAACAGUGUGAUUUUACCAGAUAAAAUGCCCAGUGUAGAAGAAUUAGAAUCCCCUUGUAAAAAUUCUGCAAAAUGGUUAUCAUCAUAUGAAGUCCUAUCAUCUUUAUUUCAUGACUGUGAGGAGGAACAUGAAGACUCUGGUACAGAAGACCCUGCAUGUCAUAAUUCAGACCAAGCUAAGAAAUUGUUCAUAUCUUAUCUGAUGGUGAAUAGCUAUAUGGAUGCAAACACUGGAGGAAGACUUCUGUUAUAUGAUGGACAAUUGCAGGAAGCCAUCAAUAUGUUUCUGGAAGGGAAUAGUUCUGCAUACACUACUGAUGUGCCAGAAAUGGCUUUCAGCAACAAACACAUAAGUCCGAAAGGAAUUAAUCUAAAGUCAGCUGGCGAUGUCCACUUCAGUAAUACUAUAGGCAGUGUUCAAGGUGGCCCUUCAGGAGCUGAAAAUACCUCUGAUUACAAGAAUUUAAUUCAGUUUGAAGAUUUGGAGAAUUAUACAUGUUCACAGAGAAAAGAUAUAUGUAGAUCAGAUGUUUGCAGCGAUAGUGGUACUGAACAAUCACAGUUUACUGUGGAGAUGAUGCUAAGUAAACCUGCAGAACUUAAAAAUGUAGAAAGUAACACUCAAAAUUUCAGACACAGAAAUGCACUUGAGAGUCUUUUGGAGGAUUCUGAGUGGACACCACUAGAGGUGGAUAAGCAUAAUGAUCAGAAGGCAAAUUCAAGAAACACUGAAGGAGUUUUUCCAAAUGACUCAAAUCUAAAUCUUAUGUCAGAUACAGGAAAAGAAGAAAUUGUUAUGACAGAUAAUCUGAGUAAGGAAAACAGAAAUGAUAAAACCUUAGACAAUUCCUUGAGUGUGAAUGACUUGUCAGAUAAUGAAAUCUGGACAGACCUGGAAAAGACCUUCACAAAAUACGAGCCUCAUAUAUUGCAACCUGACAGUUAUAGAAUGGCACUGGGUAAUGUUGAGAAAGAUGAUUUUCAGGGAAGUUUUGGUUCAUCCUUCAACAUGGAUAAUGAAUACAGAAUUCCAGAAGAAUCAGAUAGUCAGUGUGGUGACACACUGCAAUUUGAAGGUAAUGGAUAUAGUGAUCAACCUCUGCUGGACUCCACUGAUGUACAUAACAGGCCAUCUCUAGAGAGCUGUCCAUAUAGACAUAGCAGUCAGUCUUUGGAUGAUAGUACUGAUUUCCAGAGUGAACUAUGUCUAGAAGACAGUAGAGAAAUACAGUGGAGGCCUUUGUUGGAGGCCAGUACUGUUACACAUGAUGUUACACCUGAGGGGGUCAGUGACAGCAUGGCACAAAGCAUAUCAGUAGAAGAAAACAACCUUGUGUUUGACAAGUUAUUACCUGGGGACAGUAGUUCUGACUCAUCACUAGAAGGGAGUGAUAGCAUCCCACAGGUUGAAAGUAGCUGCUCACAGCAUGAAUGUGGUGAGGCAGACUCAGAAGAGGACAGCUCGCAGUUUGAUGAUGAUGAUGACGAUGCCUAUGAAACUCCUCAGGUUGAUGAUGAUGACAGUGAUGUCUAUAGUACUCCACAAUUUGAUGACGAUGAUUCCUAUGACACCCCUCAAGAUGAUGAUGAUGAUUUUGGUACCUUACAGCUGGAGGAUGAUGAUACACCAGAGCCAGAGAAUGUUCCGUUAGGUUUUCUAGAGGAGAGAGGUGGUCUGAUAGUCCUGAGAGAAGAGAACAGCUCUUAUGAGGAACUUCCAACUAAUGCUGGAGAGAAUGUCCAUUAUAUUAGAGAUAUAAAUCAGACAGCUCUAACUGCAAGUGCUGAAACUUUGGAAACAGUCCCUGAAGAGGAAAGGGAAAGAACAAGGAACUUUGAAGAGGAACAAAAAUUACCAGUUACUAUGGGCAGUGGAGAAAUAAGGGAGGGAUGCUCUACUUCUUUUCUGAAGAGGUAUGAAACAAAAACGCAGCGAGACAGAAAUGAAGAAGAUGAAAUGAAAGCAGCAAGUGACUGCUAUGAGUACGAAUCAGAAGGAACACAGGAGGAGGAAGACUAUGAUUAUGACUAUCUGGAUUAUGAUAGUUAUGAUGACUCUGAUUCUGAGUCUGACAGUGAAGAGGAAAUGGAUACUUUUUACUCACAUCAUCAGUGUAAAAGCAGAGAGGACCAGAUGUUAAUUCCUGCAGGGGACAUAGAAAAUAGUGAGGAAAAUAAUCAGAAUAUUGAUGAGUAUUGCUAUUCUUUGGGCCAUGAGACAGAGUAUAAUUUGCAAUUCCAGUCUAAUCAUGGAAAUGGAGAACUAUCUUUGGGAAAAUCUGAAACUGCAUCAGAUAUCUAUGAGAAAAGAUGUGUUGAUCUUACAUGUACAGGCAAAAAAGAAAGGGAACAAAAACCAGAAAAUGACUACGGAACUUUUACCAAAAAUGAAAACAUGUCAGAAGAUACUACUGAACAUAUUCAGUCUGAAAAUACCUUUGACACCAAAUGUAUAUCCUGUAAGAGUGAAGAAAAUAAUAAAACACACUUUCUUGAUGAUACUAUGAUAUCUGACAUUAGAGUAACACCCUUCCUAAUUACAAAGCAAGCUACUGGAGAUGAUGAAAAUGCUAAGACAGAUUUGCUUCUAUCAGAACACUUUAUUCACAGCAUGAAUGAAAGCUGUAGUACUGUGCCAAUCUUACAUUUAGAUCAUGGGCAAAGACAAAAAGAAGCAGUAUUUGCAGAGGAAAAACCAUUAAAUGAUGUGGCUGGUUUGGAACAACUAAAGACAAGUUCAUCCCAAAAGGACAGUAAAUUCCUCACAGAUAUGCAUUAUGCCAGUGAUGGUGUUAGUUCACUUUGUGACCAAGUACAUCCAAUUACUGACAAGAAGCACGAUCAAAUAAGAAGAGAUUUUGAAACUCUGGCAGAAAAUGGAGUAAAUAUUAAAAAGGAAUGUGGUGUCAUGGAGCUAACUAAAAGUCCUAUUCAUAUGGAAAGCCUUGGGGAAAUAUUUGAUGCAUCAACAGUUAAAGCUGAUACAGAAAUUGUUUCAAAUAAUGAGAAAGUAAAUAUUGGUCAAACUUGGCCUGACGUUGAAGGUGGUGUGAUAUCAGCUGAAUUUAAGAGAGAUUUUAAUAUUUCAUCUUCUCUGGAACAAUGUACAACAAGCUUAAAAGGAGAAAACAAUUCAGAAUUGGAUAAAACUGAAUCCUGUUGCCUUAAGGACAUAGAACAGGUGAAAAAUAGUAUACAGAAUGAAAAAGAAUUUCUGCUUAAUAUGGAAGAAGUACAUUCAAGAGAAUUUAAUACUUACUCCUUCCCCCCAACUGUUACAGUGAAGCCAAAGGAAAUUACCAUGACUAAAGAGACAUUUGUCUGUCAAAGUGACAAUGUUCUUAAAGACCUUUCAGAAAAUAAGGACAGCAAUGGUGAUGAAUUUACCCUCAUAAAAGCAGGUGCCUCAGGAAGCACUGAGGAUGCAAAAGAAUCGGGGGAUGAGAUUGAAGCGCUGCCUUCUGGGAAUCAUACACAUACAUAUACCACUGAUCUUUCUUCUGCAAUUUUGAGCAGCAUAGAGGCUGACUGGAAUAAUGUUGCCCAGAAAGAAUCUGAAGCACUGAAAAACACAAAGGGAGAGAAGUUCAUGGCCAGCGAGACUUCUUCCUUUGAAAAUGGUUUCAAAAAACAAUUAUGCACGGAAUCAUUACAAAACAAAAUGGGAUCUUCCAAAGAUUUUCAAGUAAAGAAAGGUUUUUCACAGUCACCAGAAAUGCCUGACACACUAAUGGAAGACUUAAAGAAUAUAUUACAAAGGAAAUUAAAAUUGGGACAUACUUACUGCAAGGAGGAAGGUGAACCACUAAGUUACUCUGAUACCAAAAUUCUGAUGCAAAAUUUACUUAGAAUGGUUGGAAGCACCCAGCUUGGAAGCAACGUGUUCAAUGAGUCACAACUCAAGCAAGCAAGUAGUACUGUUAGAGAGGCAUUAAUGGAUACCACACUGUGCACAGACACAAAGGACAGUGAUGCAAUUUCAUUGCUUUGGCCUGAUUGCAGGAGUCCCGAUCUUCUUCGUGAUAUUCUGAAGCAGGAAUUCUGUAACCAAAAGAUGAGUGAUCCAGAUGAAAUGAAGAGUCAAAUAGAACAAGAGGUGAAAACUCCUACUGCAAAUCUUAUGGCUUCUGAACUUAUGAAAAUUUUUAAAAUGUCAUCUGGAGAUGAAAGUAAGAGGAAAUUAGAGGAGCUGAUAAGUAGUUUGCUUACGAGCUCACAGGGUGCUGACAUCACCAUAGCACAUGAAGGUAAAGGCAGAGUAGGUAGGCUUUGUGCUCUUUUCUCAACAGAACAGUCAGAAUUUGGAUCAGAAAUUCCUAAAGAGAAAACAUUGGCAGAUGACACAGCUGAUGCUUGGAAAAGUGACCAGGAGCAUGAGAAGACAGACAGCCUUUUCAGAGGCUUUACUGGGCCUGCUUACACAACAAAAACACUCCUGGAUGACAACUCCACUAGCAAGGUUGAUGGAGAACAGGAAUGUUUAAAGUUAAGAGAAAAAAUGCAAGAGCAUUUGGCAGUGCUUCAAGAGGUGAAAAGACACCUAGAAAACCAGAAACCUAUUAGUAGCAACCUGGAAGUACUAAAAGAACAAUUAGAACAACUAGAGUCAUUUGAAUCAGGAUUGGCUACCUUUGCAAUUAUCCUAAAAAAGGACAUGAAGUUGACAGAAGAAUUCUUAAAGUUUCAUCACAGAGAUAUUCCUGAAGAGAAACUUAAAGAGCUAAAGAUAAGCUAUGACUGUUUGCAGGAAGCAUUUUUGAUGGUCUGUGAUACAUCUUCAAAACGAGCAAAACAAAUAGUCUGUUCUGUUGACUUGGAAAUGUCUAAGCUUGCAGAAUUACACCAGCAACUUUUAAGCAAACUCCAGACAUUUUCAGACUGGAUCACAGAACAUAAUAAAAUCAUGAAUGACUUCAGAAUGAAUACCAAUGACAUAGAAGAUAUGAAGCAAAACUUAAAGCUACUCAAAAACACUGCUGCAGAGGUUGCUCGUACAAAAAUGCAACUGGAGUCCACUGCAUUUGAUGUUCAGUUCUUCAUUUCUGAACACGCCCAGGAUCUUUCUCCCAAUCAGAGCAAACAGCUUCUGAGGCUCUUAAAUACCAUUCAGAAAUCUUUUCAGGAAGUGCAGGAAACUGUAACAUCUCAAGUGGAGAGUUUAGAGACUGAGUUACAGGCAGCGCAAGAGCUGGGUGAUCAGAAGGUUUGCUUUCCUGUGUAAAUGUGUGCUGUUUUUGUCUAUGGGUGAGGAAUUUUAAUACCAGCAGGUAGUAUUAACUGUAUUCCUACCUUCUCAGUUUCACUUCAGAUACAUUCAUUGUUCUACAAAGAUUGCAUUGAUCUAAUGUGGCCCCGUUUUAAACACUGGAUGCAGGUUUGGGUACCACAAUAUAAGAAGUACGUAAAACUGUUAGAGAGCAUCCUAAGGAAUGUUACAAACAUGGUGAAGGGCCUCAAGGGCAAGGUAUAUGAGGAGUGCUGAGGUCCUUGGUGUGUUCAGCUCAGAACAGAGGAGCUGAGGGGAGGUCUGAUGGUGGCUGCAGCUCCACACAGGGGAGCGGAGGGGCAGCGCU